AACCCAAUCGCGUUACGCGUCUCAUGAAAUUAUUUUCUUUAGUCUUCUCUUCAACUGUCACAUUUAUGAUUAUUCAUAAUGAUCAUUACAUGUCAAUGAGUAAAGCCACGUCAACAAUGUCGGGAGUAUCAAAUGUUGAAGAUCAAUGCGUCGAUUGUAAAAGAAGCAUGAUUCCAGUAAAAGCAUUGUAUGAAUGUCAACAUAUGUAUUGUACAGAUUGUUCAAUGGUACAAAGACAAAACGCUUAUACAUGUGAAAUUAAUCAGUGUAAAAUAGAAGACUGUAAAUCGAAAUUACCCAAAGGGAAAUGCCUAAAAUGUAAUCAAAUGAAGACAGUAGAUACCUUGUUUCUUUGUCGACAUAAACAUUGCGAAGACUGUAUACAAUUUUUCAUAAAAUCAAAAAUUUCUAAAUGUCCAAUAAAAGAAUGUAACGCAGAAGUACUCAUAGGAAUGGAAUUAAGAAAAUGUAAUUACUGUCGUAAGGAUAUAUUAAGAAAACAUUAUUAUAUAGGGUGUUAUCAUCCAUUUUGCAAUGAAUGUAGUGCAAAAUUUGAAAAGCAUGAGAUACCUUGUCUAACUUGUAAAGAGAAAGAAAGAGAGAGAAAGCGAAAAGAAAAGGAAAUAGAAAUGGAGAGAAAAAUGAAAAAUGAAAUGCUUUCAUACAUUAAUCAUUUACGGAAUAGGGAGAAAGUACAUGAUGAUAAUAUAUUUUCAUAUUAUAUAUAGACUACAAAUACAACACCUCAUUAAAACAAAAUUUUAAAAAAACAAUGUCCUUAAAUCCUUCAAAAAAAUAUAAAGUUUUGUAAUUAAAAUAUUUUUAUCUGUAUGAACUGCUAAUUGCAAAAUGAAUGUACAUUUUCAUUUAAGUUUUAAGUAUAAUUCAUAAUAUAUUGUAACCUAUAUUCAUAGCAGAUGAAAGUUUUAAAUCAAUAAAUAAAAUAAGUAAAUAAAAAUAUA